AAAUACACUACUAACAUAACUUGAAUAGGUCAUAGCAGGUAGUUUUGUUUCAGUUACAAUAUGAGAAAACUAGUAACUUUUUGAGAAAGUUAUCCGUAGUUGCUCUGUUUGUUAUGCAAAACUGAAAUACAGCUGUAUUUCCUAGUGAGUAAAUGAAAGAAAAAGAAAAAGAAAAAGAAGAAGAAGCAUGAAUUGCAACGAAUGCCGCCUUCUUCUGAUUACUGCCAUUGCAGAUGCGGAACUCGAGUUGCAUUCCUCAAAGAUUACAUUUCAACGAAUGAUGAGCUAAACUUCGAGAACAAAGGGAUCUUUACUGAUAUGUUUAAUGUUGAAGUACCAGAGAAUGAUGAGUCAUAUCAUCAUGUAGUAGAUGGCAAAACCCUAGUCGAUACUUUCUGUUGCAACUGUAGGAACCGGCUCGGGAGGAAAUUUAUUGCAGUUCCACAAGGCAGUCGUUUCGAACAAGGACAAUUCUUGGUGAUAUUGAAUAAGCUUAGUUACACUAAUGGCCACGACUUAGAUCCUUAUGAGGAAGAUCUUGAUCAAGAUGGGGAGGAAAAUGUUGAUCAAGCUGGAGGCCCUAAUGAUGAUAAUCAAGAUGGAGGCGCUAAUGAGGAAAACGCAGCUGAUAAUCAACUCUUAGUUCCUAAUAAUGGGCAUAUUGGUCGAAAUGGAAACAUUUGAACCAAUUACUGAUGAAAAUGCAGACAUGAAUAGCUUGAUGAUUUACGAAAAUAUACACUUGCACUGAGUGCAGUCACUAGAUCAGUUCGUAACUGUGUGAUAUUCAGCUUUCUGUUUUGGUUUUGGGAUUACAGUAGUACAUGUUAUUACUACUUCGAAAAGCAAUUGAGACUCUAACAUUUUACAUAUUAGAGCUCAGGUACUUCCAUUCUGUAUAUGCUGCUGCUUAGUUUGUCUUUAAUUUCUUGAUACAAGUCAUUUUUCUUAAUAAAAUGGCUUUUUUCAAUGCUAGUGUGAGUCCUAGUUAUAUAAUGUGUUUUUUUUUUUGGAUACUUGACUGAUAGAAGAAAGAAGAAAACAAUCAUCUCCGUCUAUUUUAAAUUUAUUAUUACAAAAUUACUACUCUAUUAAAUAUUUGUUAUGUAAAUUCAAGUUGAAUUAAGGAUAUAAAGGAGCAGUUUUACCGAUUAUAUGAGAUAGAAAUAAAGUUUUGUAUUGCUUUAUUGGGAUAAACCAAAUUGAAAUUAGAAAGUGAAACAAUGAAAAAUAUAAAGGAAAUUGGUAUAUGGGUGGAAUGAUGGGAUUGAAGAGGAAGUAAAUGCAUUUAGUUUAUUAAUUUAAUGAGAGAGAAACUUUAUCAUUAUUUAAGAACUCUCAUGUAAUGUUUUUAGAAGGUCGGAGGGUGAGAUGAAGGCACGAAGCGUUUGAUUCCUCACAUUGAUUUUUUUUUAAAAAUGAUCU